UUAUAUAAGAACCGUCCAGAUGUCUACCACUAUCAAGUUAACCAAUGCCGUUUGCGAGUCUAAAAAUAAAUCUUGGGUCACUUUCGAAUGGUGCAGAUUAAAAGCGGUUAACCGUAAUCUCACAACAUUAACUAUUAAAGCAACUAUUCUUUAUCCAGUGGAUGAUGUACAACUACAAUUACAGCUAUUGAAGAAAGCGAAUGGAUAUAAGCCUUUUCUUAUAAACUACAUUGUUGAUGGCUGUUUGUUUCUGCGUAAGCCAAAUCAUCCCUUCGUUAAAAUUAUUAUGAAUAUGAUUAGGAAUGUAUCAACUCUUAACCAUACGUGCCCCUAUGUGGGUAAGCAGAUGUUAAAGGAUUUAUAUGUUACCCCAAAGGAUUUUCGGUUGCCGUUACCAAAUGGCGAAUAUGCUUUGCUCCUGACUUGGAUAUUUGAUAAGAAGCCGCAGGCUUCAACAAAUGUUUAUUUUUCAUUCCUUAUGGAUAUAUAUAACGAAUAA